GCAUGGGUGGGUGUGGAUGUGUUGCCUCUCGCUCCGUAACACCAGUGUAGUUAUUAGGAUAAUGCUGUGACUAAACAGUACUGCUAAAAUAUUCUUACACACCAAUAAUAUUAUUGAAAGAGGAACAAACCAGAGUGAAUAGACGGUCCAAUUAUGCCAAAUAUUACAUGAUUUAAGGCAUAGUAUUAGUCUUGUCCUUGGGAAGAUGGCGGCGGAGAGGGGAUUGUUUUGGUUGACGACUGUGGUCCUCCAAGUUGUGCUGUGCCAGCUGUGUACUGCUAGUUGUCCUACUGUGUGUUCCUGCCUGGGAGCCAUUGUCGACUGUUCCAGGAUUGGCAUCACUCAAGUGCCAGCCGAUCUGCCCAGCUGGGUCGAAAAAUUGGACCUGAGCCAGAACAAGGACCUGAAGCUUUCUGCCGGAGUGUUCAACAACCUGCCCAAGCUCACCACUCUGCACCUGGAUCAAAUGGACCUGGAGAGGCUCCCGCCCUUAGGCAUGCUGCCAGCACUCAAGGCACUCCAUUUGAGCGGCAACAGGAUAUCGUCCGUGGAGGAGGUGUCGCUGACGGGGAUGCCCAACCUAAUAGAGCUGGAUCUCUCCAAAAACCGCCUCGUCACGCUCUCCCCCAACCCCUUCGUUAACGUCACCCUCAUCAGGCUGAACCUGAGUAAGAACAAGAUCCGGGGUCUGGAGGCGAGAUCUUUCAGGACGCUGAGUUCCCUGGCGGAGCUGAAACUGUCCCGUAACAUGCUCACCCCUGCCACCUUUAACCGAAGUGGCUCCACUCGCAUCUUUGCCAACCUCACCAAACUCCGAUCUCUCGACCUCAAUGGGAACCAACUACACCAGCUUCAGGGUUUGAUGUUUGAGGAUCUCAAGAAACUGAAAAUUCUUAAACUUCGACGGAAUGAAAUCACUACUUUCAGUGAUGGUGUCUUCUAUGGCUUGGAUUCCAUUGACAAACUGUUUUUGGACUACAACAAUAUAACAACAGUGGAAGCAGGAUUGCUCUUUGGUCUUAAAUCCCUUGAAUAUUUGUCUCUCAGUUACAAUCAGAUUGACUCCAUCCGACCUAAUGCUUGGCAGUCGACAAAAGAAUUGAUCUCUUUGGACCUAAGUCAUAACCGAUUGGUGUCUCUGAGAGAAGGAACAUUUAGAGGAUUGGGCUCACUUACGACACUGACGCUCUCACAUAACCACCUUGCCCAUAUCGAGCAGGAUUCAUUUGAGUCUACAUCCAAUCUUCUUAGUCUAGAUCUUUCCCAAAAUCAGCUACGGUGGAGUGUAGAGGACAAUAGUGGAGCAUUUAGCAGACUGGACAAUCUCAAGAGUCUUUCAUUGGCCUACAAUGGUAUUGAAACUGUACAUGUUGAAACUUUUGUACCUCUUAUGUCACUGGCAUCCCUUGACCUGCGAGGGAAUCAGCUCCGUACCUUACCAAAUAAUCCAUUUGCAAGACUGAAACAUCUGACUUCAGUGCAUCUAAAUACCUCUAGUCUUGUUUGUGACUGUCAUCUAUCAUGGCUACCAGGGUGGUUGUCAGCUGUUACUUUUAAUGCCUCUUCAUCUAUGAUCAUCUCCUGUAAUUAUCCAACCAGUUUGCGAGACCGUCCUGUAUCUUCCCUCUUAAGUACAGAUUUCAGCUGUGAAUCAUCACCACGCCCCAUAAUUAGUCAGUCCCCAAAGGAUCAGAUAGUGCUGCAUGGUGCUAAUGUGACACUGGCUUGUGUUGCUCAGGCUGGUGCAGAAGGGGACCAACCCAAGUUUAUGUGGCGGAAGAACAAUCAGCUGUUGGUUGACCUCCAACCUGAAACUCAUAUCAGUGUAAUUGGAGGUGAUGGUGAAGGUGGUGCCAGACACAAUGUGACUUCUUUGCUUCAUCUGCGUAAUGUUUCUGAUGAAGACAGUGGUGAAUACCAGUGCGUUGUACGGAAUCACUUCGGGGCUAGUUACUCUCAACGUGCUAACAUUCGGGUUCAUGUGUUUCCGUACUUCACCAAAACUCCAACUAGUGUGGCUGUACGUAUGGGAGAAGUUGCCAAGCUGGAAUGUGAUGCAAGAGGUUCUCCAACCCCAGAAAUAUCUCUGUUAAAAGAUGGAGGGGAAGAUUUCCCAGCAGCUCGGGAACGAAGAAUUCAUGUGUUUUCCAAUGAAACCAUAUUCUUUAUUAAACCAGUGCAGCCUCAUGAUGAAGGCCAGUAUACAUGUAAGGCUUCCAAUGCAGCAGGUACAGCUUCAGCUCAUGCCUCUGUGACAGUACGGCAGAUACCAGAGUUUACUAAAUCAUUACAAGAUGAAGUUGCUAGACUUGGAGAUAAUGCUCUUCUUGAAUGUCAGGGUACAGGACUUCCCUCACCAAAAGUGACCUGGAGCAAGAAUGGCAUUCCCCUUGAAGAUGAUGGCCACUAUGUGCUGGUUGAGGAUAGUCGGUACCUGCUGAUCAAAGAGGCACAGAUGGAUGAUGUGGGAAUCUAUGUCUGUGAAUUAACGAAUAUUCUUGGCACAGCACGUGGACAUGUCAAUCUCUCCAUAAGAGAUAUGACAAACACUUCUACAACAACUGGUAUAGUGGUCAUGGCAGUGGUAGUUUGUGUAGUAGUAACAUCAUUAAUAUGGGUAGUCAUCAUACAUCAGACCAGGAAACGAGCCCAAACUACUGCCUUAGGACCUCCUGCUGGGUAUCCAAGGGAAGAUGGGCUUAGUCCCUAUCCUCCACACUUACCUACACACCAUCAUUUACCCCCAGACCUUGUGCACACAUUCACCCCAUUGCUAGCCAACCCUCCUGAGCCUUAUACCACAGCAGGACAGGACAGUGGCUCGGAACACUCAAGCGGCAAAGAUUCAGGCACGGGUGAUUCUGCACAGCGGUCCAGUGAAGACUUGCUACCUCUUGAUCUCACUCGACCAGGCCUUCGUAGAUCAUUGAUUAUUUGUGCAGAUUCUGGAUCACCCUCGGUCAUAAGAGGUAUAAGUGCUGUCAAUGUUGGUCCAAGUGGUGAAAUAAUUGGGUGCGAAGAAGCCUUGGGUCGUCCAAGACUCUCAACCUUCAGUCCCCAGCAUCUCUCUCCAGGAGGUUAUAGUCCUAAUCAUUAUACUGCCAGCCUGAGACGUGGCUCAAAUUCUCGUCUUCUUCCCGUUUCCUCGCCUGUAACCCCGUCUGCAACCUUACCUCGUGGUCAAUAUUUGUGCCAGGCUAAUUCUUACCUGCCACAACCAACAGUAGCAUCUCCAUCUACUGAAAUUUCCACUAGACAUAUUCCACAGGUUGUUCAAGCUGCUGUGAAUAAUCUGGGAAGUAGUCCAAGUAAAGACCAGGGCAGUCAUUUUCCAGAACUGGCUGCAAGGGAAUCUUUGGUGGUUAAUAGUGAAAAUGAAGUAUUUAACACAAGAACCUCAGUGUGCAGUGUUGGGGAUGGCCGCAGUGAACUGGAUAUAAGGACAGAGGAUCCAGAUGCAAAAGUUAAUAAUAGCAUUCCUCCAAAGCAAACUCUCGAGUCUAGAUAAUGGUCCUAGUGCAAAGUAACUAAUUUUGCAUCUCCCACCACGAAAGAUGGUAAUUCUUGUCGGCAUUUUUGAAAAUACAGAGUAUUUCAGACAUCAUUCCACAAAAAGGGAAAAUAUAGUGGGCUAAAAUUCUUAGCCAUAAAAUAUUUAAUGAAAAGCUGGAAUGGAUAUGUGACAAUAGUUGACAAGUAUGUGACUAAACUGUUAAGUGGUGGGCAAGAGCAGUAAAGUGUAUUGAGUACCUGUCUGGUGCCAUAGUUGUUCCAGUGCUGCCAGUGUUAAGCUGUACAAAGUUCUUGACCGUUAAAUGUUUUACUGGUAUUCUAACUAUCCCAUUAUACUCAACUCUUUAGCCCUCUUCAAAUAAUUAUGGUUAGGUUACCCUGUUUUAAUUGUAAAUUUGUAGGAUAAGGGCUUAGUUUGGUAUUUACCAUCACAAUAGAAUAUAUGAUUUCUUUUGGCAAAGCAAGUUAGUAAGCCCUGAGUGAAUAAUAUUUAAUAGAAUUAUUAUGGGAAAUGACAAGGUUAGUGCAUAGCAUGAUCUGUGUGUUGAGCCCAGGUAUAAUAUUGUACUCUUCCUUUAUGUUGCUACAUUGAUAAGCUAUUAGUUUGACCUACUGUUGUGAAAAUUUCUCACUGAAAUGAAGUAUCAGGGUGAUGCGACCAGAAUUACUUAGCAUUCUUUCUCUAAUGUGUAUAGAGGUUCAUUGAUGCAAAACUUUGUGCUCUGUGAGCAUAAUUAUAGUUGUGUACCUAUUCUAUGUACAUAACUGUACCAUAGGUUCGAUUCAUAAAAGAAGCCAGCUAUAUGCAUUCUCCGUGAUAUGAAGGGACUACAAGUACCUUGAAAAAUUUUGUGGUGCAUUAUUAGCUUCUUAGGUUUUAUUUUCUUACAAUGUAUUGUAGAAAGACUUCAGUUCUGUUCCUUGUCCACUUAGAAUAUUUUUAUAUUCAUUUCAUUUACUAGGGGCAAUUUUUCUGCUUUAUAGGAAAUAUGCAGUUGCUUCUUAGUCUAGUUGCAAUGGUCUUUGAACUAAAAUGUAAAGUUGCUACAGUGUAUGCAGCAUAGGGACCCACUCUAUUUGAACCAACUUCUUCCCCCUAUGUAGAGCACUGCAUUGUUUGUUCCUAGAUAUUGUGAAGUUCAAAUGCUGCAAGUAUGUGUUGUGAAAUAGGUUAAUGAAAUAUGCUCAGUCAAGCAUUAAGAUGUCACUGUUACUUCAGGCAUUUAACAAAAGAAAAUUAGUGUAUUAUAAGUUUAUUUGAAACUAGUCACCCAUUGAAUAUAAGCAGUUAUUAUGUCACAACCGUAUAUUUAGUAUAAUAUAGUUAGAUAAAAGACUCCCAGAGAUUAAAAUUACAGAAUAUUACACAAUAUUUGCAUGAGACAUACAGGUCAUAAAAACACAUUCUAUGGUCAGGAUUUCAAGGUGUAUCAGUUAAAACACAUUUCAGCUGAUUGGUUUGACUUAUUUUUUAUCAUAGGUUCAUAAUGUAGUUGGGGUUAAUUGUAUUUAGCUAAUGGAGCAACUUUUAAUAUGAAAUAUUUCCACUCAUUUGAUCCUACAGUUUUUAUAUGCCUGCAAAUUUUUGCUUGUCAUUACAUGGUGUGUUGUACGGCAACGAUGUUGGCCUGUUAAACUUAUGAUUUCCCUACAUUAACUUCAACUUUCUUUGACAGAUUAUAUUCUGUUUUUUUUAAACGUUUUUGAUACUUAAAGAAAAAAUAUGGGUAAUGUUCACUUUUGACAGUUCAUGUGCAAAGGUUUCAGGAUUGUGCCCCUCAAGUUUUAUAUGCACAUAAAUGCUGCUGCACUCACCCACAC